CAGAAGCUCCUUGCAGCGACAGGCAUAACAAGCUCACGGUUCGCUCUUUCUCGUCGUCACGCUACCAAGCCAACGUAGACACAACAUGGACCGUCUACUGAACAAGGUCGUCCUCGUCACCGGCGCUAGCGCCGGCAUCGGCAAAGCGAUUGUGGAGGAGCUGGUCACGAAGGGACUCAAGGUCGUCGGCAUCGGCCGCGAAUUGGACAAGCUGAACAUGCUCGUGGAUGAACUGAAAGGCAAACCCGGCAAGCUCUAUCCUCUUCAAUGUGACAUGUCCGUUCAAAGCGAGAUUGAGCGCGCAGUAGUGUGGAUCGAGAAGACCUUGGGUGGCAUCGAUAUUCUGAUAAACAACGCCGCUAUCAAUAUCGAUUCUUCCUGCGUCAACGGCGGGAUAGAGGAACUCAAGAAGACUCUCGACGUCAACGUGCUCGGUUUGACGUGCAUUACCAAGGAGAUUCUGAAAUUGAUGAAGGUCAAGGGGAUCGACAAUGGCUGCAUCGUUAAUAUCAACGAUGUGUGCGGCUGGAAGUGUCUGCUGGCCUCCGAUCGUCCCAUUUCGCCAGCGUAUACCUGCAGCAAAUUCGCGUUGACGGCGCUGACCGAGUGUCUCCGCUUAGAAUUGGCGCAGAACGAAUCCAACGUCAAAGUGAUCUGCGUUUGCCCGGGCCUGGUGGAGACCGAGAUGACCCGGCAGUGGCUGAAGGAGAACCCGCGAUUGAGUCUGAAGCCGAAGGACGUGGCUGAUGCGGUCAUCUUCACACUGAUGACUCCGGAGACCGUGCUCAUCAAGGACCUCGUCAUCACGCCCAUCCGAGAGAUUAUUUAAGCAGGGCGAAUGGCAACCCGUUUCUCUAGGGAAGGACAUUGUUGUAACUUAGAACAGACAUGUGACUGAUCGAAUAAAGCGCUUGCAUUUUCUCUUGAA